AGCCGCCAUUCUUACUCAACUGCGGCGGCGGCCUGUACAUUCACAUUCAGCUUUACGCACAUUCUCUCAAUAAAUUUCUCCCCCAAAUUCCAAAGAGAGAAGUAGGGUACGGUAUUCUACGCUCACCAUGUCCAUGUUUCUCCAGCAAUGCCCUUCUCUCUUCACCUUCCCUUCCUCUUCUCCCUCCUUUUCUGCUCAGAUUUCUGUGAAAUCGACGGUCUUCUGUUGCCUGUCGCCUUCCCCGGUCACCGUCGUUAAUGGUAACACGGAGCGGAGGAGUUCUGAGAGAAAUGAGAUUCGUCUUGGCUUGCCCAGUAAAGGGCGCAUGGCUACUGACACUCUGGAUCUUCUCAAGGACUGUCAACUUUCAGUCAGGCAGGUGAAUCCUCGACAAUAUGUUGCAGAAAUUCCACAGCUCUCCAACAUGGAAGUCUGGUUUCAGCGGCCAAAAGACAUUGUUAGAAAAUUGUUGUCUGGAGAUCUAGACCUUGGCAUUGUUGGUCUUGAUACAGUCACUGAAUAUGGACAGGGGAAUGAUGAUCUUAUCAUUGCUCAUGAUGCACUUGAGUACGGGGAUUGCCGGUUAUCCCUUGCAAUUCCCAAAUAUGGGAUUUUUGAGAAUAUAAACUCACUGAAGGAACUAGCGCAAAUGCCUCAAUGGACUGUUCAGAAACCUCUCCGAGUUGCUACUGGUUUCACUUAUUUGGGUCCUAAAUUUUUGAAAGAAAAUGGACUGAAGCAUGUGACCUUUUCAACUGCUGAUGGAGCGCUGGAGGCGGCUCCUGCGAUGGGAAUAGCUGAUGCUAUUUUGGAUCUUGUGAGUAGUGGGACAACCCUCAGGGAAAACAACUUAAAAGAAAUUGAAGGUGGAGUUGUCUUGGAAAGCCAGGCUGUUCUUGUGGCAAGCAGGAAAUCACUGAUCCAGCGGAAAGGUGUUCUGGAUACAACACAUGAGAUUCUUGAAAGAUUGGAGGCACAUUUAAGGGCAGUAGAUCAGUUCACGGUAACUGCGAACAUGAGAGGAAGUAGUGCGGAGGAAGUGGCUGAGCGGGUUUUGACCCAGCCAUCAUUAUCUGGUUUGCAGGGACCAACUGUAAGUCCAGUCUUUUGCAAACGCGAUGGGAGAGUGGCAGCAGAUUACUAUGCUAUAGUCAUAUGUGUGCCCAAAAAGGCACUCUACAAGUCAGUUCAGCAGCUGAGAGCGAUUGGAGGCAGUGGAGUUCUAAUUUCUCCACUGACAUACAUCUUCGAUGAAGAAACGCCAAGGUGGCGUGAGCUUCUUUCAGAACUUGGGCUCUAAAUCAAUGCUGCAGAUGCCCCAGGUGGUUUCUUGCAUUUCUUUCCAGUAUCAAUGCCAAGAGUUUCUCAAGCAUAUACCAGUCAAAGCUGAACACGGUAAUCAAAAUUUCAUCAGCAAGAGCUCAAAAACAGUGUAGUUACUUCUUUGUACUUAUGUUCAAACCCCGGCAAAGUUUUGUAUCUGAUUGAAAUUCCUAUAGAAUUGUUCCCACAACCCAAUUAAUUGCUACAUAUAAGGGCUUUCAUAAUAUUUAAUGUUUUAUUCAUGUUGUUUGAAGUUUCA